UCUGACUUGUACCUCGUUCAAAUGAUGUUCCCGAAACAGCGUUUGGUUUAUUUUGAACCCGAGCGCGUCUGCGGACUCGUUUGAUUGAUUUUUCCGCGAUGGGUCAGGCGUGGCAAAGAACUGCGCCUCGCAGAGCCGUGAGCGUCAAUUGGGAAAAGUCCGUUUGCCAGUUUCGGGUUAUUUUGGUGGGCGAAUCGCGCGUCGGUAAAACAUCCCUCGUCCUCCGUCUAACGGAGGACAAGUUCAGUGUCAAUGUCCGGGAAACGAUUGGCGUGGACUAUUACGCACACAUGCUGGAAACUCCGCCGAUACCGAGAGUGAAGCUUCAGGUCUGUGACACGGCGGGGCAAAAGGAACACAGGACAAUGACACAAUCAUAUCUCCAAGUUAUGCUUGGCGGUCUGCUGGUAUUCGACAUAACAAAUCGCCAUUCCCUUGACUACAUUAGAAAUUGGCUGGAUGAAGCCAGCAACCUGAUUGACCAGUGCAAGUAUGUCUUCAUUCUUGUUGGCCACAAGAGUGACCUGUCAGCUGAAAGGACAGUCUCAAUAGAGGAAGCCGAGAAAUUUGCAGAAGACAUGGGCUUGAGAUACAUUGAGACGUCUGCCAAGGACAACACCAACAUACAAGAAGUGUUUCACUUGCUGGCAGAGUCGAUUGCCGAGAUGGUGAAAUCAGAGAUCAAUGGAGGAAUCACUGAAACGCGAAUUGUCAUAUUCACGUGAUGACUUUUGGCUUUGGCCUAAAGAGUUUUGAUGCCGCAUUGACUGAUCUAUUUUAUA